AUGGAAGACUUCCCUGAUCUUCAGAUGAACAAAGCCAGAAGAAGAAGAGAAGAUCAGAGAAGUGCUGCAGCCAGAGGACAGUGGGCCAGUAAAACAGAAUAUAUUCUGGUUGUUGCAGGAAAUGUGGUCGGCCUGGGCAACGUGUGGAGAUUUCCUUACCUCUGCUACAAGAACGGUGGAGGGGCCUUUCUGGUGCCGUAUGGUCUGUUAGCUGUGGUGUGUGGGAUACCUCUGUUCCUGUUGGAGACUUCAGUUGGUCAGUUCACCCAGGAAGGAUUCAUCACUUCUUGGAGGAAUGUGUGUCCACUGGCUCAAGGAAUUGGAUAUGGACAACUGACGAUUUCAGUCUGUUUCUUCAUCUACAUUUUAAUUGAAGCUUGGGCUGUCUUCUACCUGGUGUUCUCGUUCAGAUCCCAGCUGCCCUGGGCCAGCUGUGACAACACCUGGAACACGGAUAACUGUCUUGGUCUACAGACUUUCACUUCAUCUAAUGUGACUGCAAAUCAGACCAACACCACCUCUGCUGCAACUGAGUUCUGGGAACGGCGUGUGCUGGGCGUGUCUGGAGGCAUUGAGGAGCUGGGCAGUGUGAGAUGGGAGCUGGCUUUGUGUCUUCUGGCCUGCUGGGUGAUCUGCUACUUCAGCAUCUGGAAAGGUGUCAGAUCUUCUGGAAAGGUAGUGUAUUUCACAGCCACGUUCCCCUACGUGAUGCUCCUGAUACUGCUGAUCAGGGGCUUGACUCUACCUGGAGCUCGGGAAGGGAUCUACUACUACCUGUAUCCAGACCUGAACCGCCUGGCUAACCUGGAGGUCUGGAUAGAAGCAGGAUCUCAAAUAUUUUUCUCCUACAGCCUGACUGCAGGGACUCUGCAUGUCCUGGGCAGCUAUAAUGAGUACAACAACAACUGUUACAUGGACUGCUUUUGGCUCUGUCUGCUGAACAGUGGGACCAGUUUUGUUGCUGGAUUUGUCGUCUUCUCUGUACUUGGAUUCAUGGCUCAGAAACAGGGUGUUAGUGUUGACACUGUGGUAGAGUCAGGUCCAAGUUUGGCCUUCAUUGCUUACCCUCAGGCAACAGCUCUGAUGCCUUUUCCACAGUUCUGGACAGCCUGCUUCUUCCUGAUGCUCAUUCUGCUGACUAUCGACACACAUUUUGUGAUAGUGGAGAGUUUUAUCACCACGGUGACCGAUUUGUUUCCAAAGUGGUUUCGUGCACCAUUGAGGCACGAGAUCUUUGUCCUCGCCGUCUGUGUCUCCAGCUUCCUCAUACAGCUUACCUUGGUUACAGAGGGAGGAAUUUACAUAUUCCAACUCAUUGACUUCUACGGCUCUACCAGAGUCAGUCAGAAUUUUAUGGCUAUUUGUGAAUGCCUGGCUGUGGGCUGGAUAUUUGGUGCUGACCGCCUUUCCGACAUCAUAGAGGACAUGACAGGACAGAGACCAUCAAUUUUCUUUAAACUCUGCUGGAAAUACUUCAUUCCUCUUCUGUCACUGAUCACCUUAAUCCUGUACCUGAUUGAUUACAAAGCCCUCAAGUUUAACGACUGGUACGUUUACCCUGACUGGGCGUAUGCUCUAGGAUGGACCAUGACCCUCUCCUCUGUUCUCAUGGUGCCACUGUGGGCAGCUGGACAGAUGUGUUUGACAGCAGGAACCUUCAGACAGCGUUUGUCUGUCCUCUGUCGUCCUGCUGAAGAUCCAGCCUGGCAGAGGAGAGCCAUGGGAGAGGAGGGAACAACUGUUGAACUGAGGACGUCUGCAGUGACCACUUAGUAAACACAUGAUGAAGAUGGUGAUGCACCAAACAACCACAGAGCACACCACAGGAUUCAUCACAUCAUGAAAUGCUUAAGCAUGUCU